AUGAAGCAAUCGGAAACGACGUCGCCAUCGGAGGCGGCGGAGGAAGGACGGAGAAGGAAGCGUGGGAAGUGGGGUUACAUUUGGCCACUGUGGACGACGCUGUUGCUCCACCUCCUCGCCAUUCUCCUUUUCACCACCGGUUUUCUCCUCACCCGAACCGAGCUUCCCUACCACAGUCAUUGCUCCGACGUGUCACGCUCCCCUUGCUUCUCUUCCAACAAUGGAUCUUGCUGGACCAAACCCGCCGUUAACCGUCUCGUUCUCAUCGUUCUCGAUGCUCUCAGGUUUGAUUUCGUUGCUCCCAGUACAUUCUUCGCAGAAUCGAAACCGUGGAUGGAUAAACUGCGAGUUUUGAAGAAUGCGGCGUCGACCCGACCGUUGUCCGCUAGGAUUUUCAAAGCCAUUGCUGAUCCGCCUACCACAAGUUUGCAGCGCUUGAAGGGUUUGACAACUGGUGGACUUCCGACUUUCGUGGAUGUUGGUAAUAGCUUUGGUGCACCGGAAAUUGUGGAAGAUAACUUCAUAAAUCAGUUGGUUCAAAAUGGGAAGAAAGUUGUCAUGAUGGGGGAUGACACAUGGACUCAGUUAUUUCCUCAUCAUUUUGAAAGAUCAUAUCCAUACCCGUCUUUUAAUGUCAAAGAUCUUCAUACGGUCGACAAUGGAUGCAUUAACCACCUAUUACCAUCUCUAAAUGAAGAAGAUUGGGAUGUUCUUAUUGCACAUUUCCUUGGCGUGGAUCACGCAGGACAUAUAUUUGGUGUUGACUCCACCCCAAUGAUAGAAAAGUUGGAGCAAUACAAUACCAUCUUAGAGAGAGUUAUUGACGUUCUGGAAAAUCAGUCUGGACCUGGGAGCUCACAUGAGAAUACUUUGCUUGUAGUCAUGGGUGACCAUGGACAAACACUAAAUGGAGAUCAUGGUGGUGGGAGUGCUGAAGAGGUUGAAACUGCCAUUUUUGCCAUGAGUUUUAAGAAGCCUCUUUCUUCUGUACCUGCAGAAUUUGAUUCUUGCUCUUGUCAACAGGAUCUGGAUGGGAAGAAUGUUUGUAUCAGCUCCAUGCAGCAGCUAGACUUUGCAGUAACAGUCUCAGCUAUGCUUGGCAUACCUUUCCCAUAUGGAAGCAUCGGUCACAUCAAUCCUGAAUUAUAUGCUUUGGGGGCAGAUAGUUGGAAUUCUGAUGCCUCUCAAAAAUUGUCAGAACCAGAUGUAUGGAUGCAGAAUUAUGCUAAUGCACUUUGCAUAAAUUCUUGGCAGGUGAAGAGAUAUAUAGAUGCUUACUCAGCUUCAACAGCUGUUGGAUUUUCCCAUGAUGAGUUAUCACGAAUAGCAAGCAUUUAUGCUCAUGCGGAGAAUCAUUGGUCAAAUUCCACCAAAUAUCUUCUGCUUGAUAGACAAAAUAACAAUGCUACAUCAGUGCCUGCACUUAAGAAGCAAAUUGAUGCAUACUUCAAGUUCCUAACAGCAGUCACUGAGUUAGCUCGGUCUAAAUGGACUGAAUUUGAUUUGAACAUGAUGGGAAUUGGCAUUGGAAUCAUGUUAAUAUCAGUUAUAUUUCAAGUUUUUACCAUUUUAAGGGCAAACAAGGAGCAUGAUGGGACAUUGUCAUCAUCUGGAGAUUCUUGGAUUAUCAGUGGCUCAAUAUUUACUAUCUUUUUACUGGGUAUUCGUGCAUGCAGUUUCCUUUCAAACAGUUAUAUCUUGGAGGAAGGGAAAGUAGCAAAUUUUCUUUUGAGCACAUCUGGAAUUGUGACGUUACGCCAAUCAGUUAUCAAGGGGAAGCUGCAAAUCGAAAGCAUUGGGUUUCUUAUUUUGAGCACUUUCUGUCGAUUUGCAAUUGAAGUUGGGCUGUCCAAGCAGGCUGCUACAUCUGCUUUCAUGAAGGACUAUAGCUCUUGGAUCAUCAACAUAGCCUCAGGUUUACCUGUUUGGGACUAUGCAGCUGAAGUUGUCCCAAUGGUUGUUCUGAUUCUGUUGGCAGCUUGGCUUUACAAGGCCAGCAGUGGGAGCUUUUUUGUUUGGCCAUGGAAGUAUGUCAUACUGGGCACUAUCUUGAGUUAUAUGCUAAUAGUUGCACAUUGGAUCGCAGACAGUAACAGAUUUGAUGGCGGAUCCAUACCUCAAAGCAUUGGAAGAACUUAUAUUCCCAGAAUCAUCUAUGCUAUUGGUUUGGGACAGUUGUUAUUUCUAGCAUUUGGUCAAUUAUUUAAGAAUAGCAAUUUAGACUGCAAAACAAAUUUAGUUGCAAAAACGACAUCCAUAUUAUCUGCAUGGAGUUCUACUGUCAUUCUUCUCUCCGGAAAACAGGGUCCCAUGGUUGCUUUUGCAUCCAUAGUUGGAGGUUAUUUUAUUAUGAAGUUUGUUAACAUAGAAGGUGGUCAGGAUGGAGCUCAUAGAAGUUUUUCUAUAAUGCAAUGGAGCCUGUUUGCUACAUGUCUCUUCUUCUGUAGUGGUCACUGGUGUGCAUUUGAUGGGCUCCGGUACGGCGCUGCAUUUAUAGGGUUUGAAGAAUUUGUGCUUGUUCGGCAAGCAAUCCUCCUUGCUAUUGAUACAUUUGGCUUUUCUAUCAUCCUUCCAGUAUUUGGACUCCCAUUCCUUGUAGCAAUCAAGUGCCAGGCUAAUCUUGGAAAGAAUUUUAUUUUCAUACAAUUAUCUCAAAUGUAUACAACAUAUGGGCUCAUCACAGCAAUUACAACCACUUUCACGAUAUUAUGUGUCACAAUUCAAAGGCGGCACCUGAUGGUUUGGGGUUUAUUUGCUCCGAAGUUUGUUUUCGAUGUGUUCAAUCUUAUUCUUACGGAUGUCUUGAUUUGUUUGGCCUCAAUUUACUAUUUUGAUCAAAGGGAAGGAUGA